ACAAUGUAGCACUUUAUGCGUUCUCCGUCUGCGCAUGACUCGUUUCCCUGGCAUUGCAAGCCAGACGCGUGCAAGUAUCUCACAAUUCCGCUUGUUCGCCGCUCCGACCUUUCCCCCAGUUUUCGCGAACCGAGUUCACCGGGUUUACUCUGACACCGCUGACUCCUAAGUUACGCCCCCCAACAGCCACGCACCCUCUUUCCUCCAAUCGGCCUUCGAUCACGUACUGAUCACGCGCUACCUUCCCUCCCAUUGGCUGACAGCCGCUACACCUUUGUUUUUUGAUUGGUAACAUGUUACCACCCGCUAUUCUGCAAUGAAUUUUGUUUCUGUUUUUUUCUGACUUUCUUUUUUUUUACGUCUCCCCACUUGAUUCACUCAGCUGAGGUUGGACGCUGCCGCUUAAAGUGGUUACACUUAUGAGUUUAGGACACGCGGAGUAGAGUCGCAGGGCAAUUGUCUCUCUCCUUUGUUGACUUUUGAUAUAUAAAGAGGUUGUUUUUGCUCCAUAUGCUGACUUUUGCGUCAGGUCUGGUCUCGGAGUCCUGUCGGGUAGAUACAACAUACUGUGCCGUGGAAAUGGAGAGGAACCGGCAUGACAGUGAGAGAUCCUGCUCUAGCAUACUGGAACAUCAUGAUCUGGAAGCUGCUGAAGCUCUGGUCUGCAUGAGCUCAUGGGUUCAAAGGUCACACAAACCACGCCCCCUCACUCCAACCUCAGACUCCUGUGACUCGUUGGUACUGCAUCCUGAGGUCACCGAGUCCCCCAAAGACAUGGUCUCACUGUCCUCACUGUGUAUGACUCCACCUCACAGCCCCAGCUUUGCAGAGACCCCGACCACCACGGUCCAAACCCCCUCAGGCCCACGGUCAGUCUUACCACAGCCCAGGCUCUGCUCAGCUCUGCCUGGUAGAAAUGCCAACCACACUGGUUUACAGCCAGGCACCAUCACCUCACCUGCUUCACCAUUAACCCAGGAGACCACCGCAGGGUCACAAUGCAGAGCCAUGGCAACUAGUGUCAUCCGCCACACAGCAGACAGACCAUUCACUGCCCACAUUCCACCUGAUUCCACAGGACAACAGGUGAGGCUGGUGGAGGCAGAGAACCAGGGACAGCAACUUGAGGCCUGGGGGAGCAUUACACUGUCCCCGAUGGUCCGCCUGCAACCUGAGGCACAGAGCAGCCCUUGGGCUGGGCCUGGGAUGGAAGUUUUUACCAAACCCCUCUCUGAAUCACAAGGCCCUUUCACGGCCUCACCACCUCCUCCAGUCUCACCCUGCCAGCUCAAUCCCUUGCCCCAGUCUGCCAUGUCCAGUUCCCAAGUCCUCUGCCAGGUUUUUCCAGUGAAUGGCCAAACGGGGAUAAUCUCUGCGUUUGUCCAGGCACCAGUUCAAAUGCAAACCACCAACGGCCCAAAGCCCAUUCUUCCCCAGUCGCCCUCUUCCUUCCCCCAGCAGGUUCUUGUGGGUUCUCCUGUGGGCCAGGGGACUGUGAUGUUUGUGGUUCCUCAGUCUUCCUUGUCUCAGUCACAUCCUGGGUCACAGAGUGUUGUAACUCUGGGCAACACCAAGCUUCUUCCCCUAGCCCCAGCUCCAGUAUACAUGCCCUCAGGUCAAAAUGGAACUUCCACACAGGUAGACUUCUCUCGCAGGCGGAACUAUGUUUGCAACUUCCCUGGGUGCAAGAAGACAUAUUUCAAGAGCUCUCAUUUGAAAGCACACCUCAGAACCCACACAGGUGAGAAACCUUUCAGUUGUCACUGGGAAGGUUGUGAUAAAAAAUUUGCUCGUUCAGAUGAACUAUCCAGACACCGGCGCACACACACUGGUGAGAAGAAGUUUGUGUGUCCAGUGUGUGACCGGCGAUUCAUGCGAAGCGAUCACUUGACCAAGCACGCUCGUCGACAUAUGACCACCAAGAGGGCCUCAACAUGGACCUCAGAAGUACGUGACCUCAACAAAAUGGCUGCUUUCAAGGCUCCACCAACCAUCUCCUCUGUUCCUCUCAGUGUACUUGUACCCGCCUCAAACUAAAAACAAGUCUUAGGCCGCAGGGCCACCUCAGGACAAUAUCCCAUUGAGCAUCUAUCACGGGGAACAUAAGUGACAAAAACAUAAUGGCUGCUACUCCAACAGUGGACAGAAACAAACUGACUUUGCACUGGAUUUUUAAAUACAUUGUUGUUUAUACUUUCUUUAUAUGGAUUUUUGUUUACUUUUGUACAAGUACAUUUCUCAAACUUAUGCACUCUUUUUGCCAAAGCCUUCACAUUACAGUAUGUUAUCUGUUACUCCUUGUCUGUCUAUGUAUAUUUGUAUAUAAUAUCUAUAUAUGAAUGUAAUGUGUACUCCAUCUUGCAUUUAUUGACAAUAUAUAAAUACAUAAAUGUUAUUGAUGUGCUUAAAUCUGUAAGUGGACAGUAUUCAUAUAUGUGAUACCAUCUACUGUCUUGUCUUGCUUUGCAUAUUAUUUAAUAAACAUUUGUUUUUAAAAGUAUGGA